AUUACCUCUGGAGUCCAGAGAACCCUCCAGAGAACGGACUGUGCUCUUAUGUGUGGAUACUGCUGCUCCUAACCUCACCCGUGCCUGUAUCUAGACACACAUCAGCUCAGGACGAGAAACUGCUCUGUUUUAUACACCUGAAAGACACAGAAAGCAGAGAUUCAGAGACAGUGAGAGCUUCCCACAUGAUGGAUGGAUGGAAAACCACAGGAAAGACCAGCAGGCCACAGCUGGUGGUGAAGAUUGUCGGUGGGAAACAAAUUAAGUAUUUUACUGAAGGGACCAAAAGUCCUACAGAUGAUCUUGAGGUAACAAACAGCUCUGAGGACAGAAACAGUCCACCUAACAGAGUCACGGAUGGAGAUUUAAGCAGAAAAUCCUCGUCUCAUGACCUGGAGCCUGUGGGAGCAGUUGAGCACAGAGAGAGCCUGUUAGACGCCGUCAGACAGGUUCCAGACAGACGGUGUGUGACGGCACCAUGUGGAGAUCGCUCACGCUCCUACAUACAUCUGAAGUCCACAAACAUCCUGAGUCAUUCAAAACAACCUCAUAAUACAGCGGCAGAGCAUGUCCAUAAAGAGGAGCACUGCCUCCUCUCAUCUGUCUCAGAGGAACUGCAGGACUGGGAACCACACACAUUCCAGAGCAUUGAGGAGGAAGUGACAUCACUCGACCCGUCCCAGUCAGGAAUCCUCCAUCAGUCAGAACUUACAUACCUCUUCCUCCGACUGCAGAUGCCUCUGAAGCUCAGCACACUGGCCUGUGUGUUCAGAUCCUUCAGUGACACCAGAGACCCGGAGCAGGUGCAUUAUAAAGAACUGCUGCAGUUCAUACAGAGAGCCGUGCAAGAUGAGAAACCGCAAAGUGUUGAGGCAGAGAUCUGGGAUGCGUCAGUGGCCAGUACUGACCUGGAAUCAGUGAUCAGUGUGACUGAAGACCAAAGGGAAACAUGGCUUCAGAGGUUCCAGAAGAUGGAGAUGGCCUUACAAAUGUGUGACACCAAAAACACAGGUUAUGUGGACAGAGAUCAAGCCAAACGCCUGAUUCUGAACUACAGCCUCAUCUUUGAUCUGAAUCUGAGUCCUCUGAAGGUCAAUGAGGUCACACGUAACACUCAGCGAGAGGGCAAAGUUCACCUGGCCUCGGCUCUGCGGCAGCUGAAGGAACUAUAAACCUCUUUACACUUUUCUAAAACCAAUGCACAUACAGUCAUCCUCAAUAACUGCUGGGAGAUAUUAACACUGACCCUGUAAAAACGGCUUUUAAAUUGAAGUUCCCAUUCAGUCAGUCACGUUC